UGCGGGGAGGCAAAAGAUCGUACCCGUUCCAUAGAAGCUGCUGACCACUCGCCAGCAUGGUCGUUUUUACAUGCAAUGCGUGUGGAGAGUCUGUGAAGAAAGCACAGGUUGAAAAACACGUGAACAUCUGCAGGAACUGUCAGUGCCUUUCUUGCAUGGAUUGUGGCAAGGAUUUCUGGGGUGAUGAUUAUAAGGAACAUGUGAAGUGUGUAAGUGAAGACCAGAAAUAUGGUGGAAAAGAUUUUGAAGCCAAAACUAACAAAGGAGAUGCUAAACAACAGGAGUGGAUUCAGAAAAUUCAUGAAGUAAUAAAGAAGCCAAACAUAAGCCCUAAAGUGCGGAACAUUCUGGAGCAAAUGCGUGUCUUUGAUAAUAUUCCAAGGAAAAAAGUAAAGUUUCAGAAUUGGAUGAAGAACAGUUUGAGAAUUAAUGACAGCACUUUGCAAGACCAGGUGUGGGAUAUUUUCUCUGAAGCAACCAGAAAUAUUUCAAGCGAAAAGGAACAAGCCAAACCACAGCAGAAGGAAGAGGUUCAUUCUGCAGAAACUGGGGAACAAGCAACAGCAGAAGAAAACGGAAUUACAGAUGGUAAAACUGAGAGGAAAAAGAAUAAGAGAGAACGGAAAGAAGAGAGACAAAAGAACAAAAAGAAGGAGAAAAAAGACUUGAAAUUAGAAAACCAGUCAGAAGUAAAAAAGAGUAAAAAGUCCAAAAAAGAGGAGAGCUUGGCGAAUGAAUUUGAAAUAAACAGAAAUGGCCAGCAGCGUGCAGUAGAAAAGGAAACAAACAUAAAGAAACGCAAACAUAAACAUGCAGAAGAAGAACCUCAUAUCACAACAAAGAGAGUGAAAACUGAAGAUGUUUCAGAAGACAUAGAAACAGAAAACACCAAUGGCAAUGAAGAAAACGUGGGAACAGGUAAAUUCAACUGGAAGGGAACUAUCAAAGCUGUUCUCAAACAGGCUCCAGACAAUGAAAUUUCAAUUAAGAAACUAAGAAAAAAGGUUAUAGCUCAGUAUUACGCCGUAGCUGGUGAACAUCACAAAUCAGAAGAGGAUAUUCUAGUCAUAUUUAAUAAGAAAGUGAAUAACAAUCCCAAGUUUAAAGUUUUAAAGGACAAAGUUAAACUCCUGAAAUAA